CAAAAAAUAACCGAGCAAAGAAUGGUCCUGAUAAGCGAAGAUUUGAUCCGUCGCCGUGCAGAGCACAACAACUGCGAGAUCUUCUCCUUGGAAGAAGUUUCUUUGCAUCAGCAAGACAUUGAGAAGAUUGAACAUGUUGACAGGUGGUGCAGGGACCUCAGAAUACUUUACUUGCAGAAUAAUCUCAUCUCUAGAAUCGAAAAUGUGAGCAAACUGAAGAAGUUGGAGUACUUAAAUUUAGCCUUAAACAAUAUUGAAGUCAUUGAAAAUCUGGAAGGCUGUGAAAGCUUACAGAAGCUUGAUCUGACAGUGAACUUUGUGGGGCAGCUGAGCAGCGUGGAGUCUCUGAAAGGCAACAUCCAUCUGAGAGAGCUGUUUCUGGUGGGCAACCCUUGCACGGAUUUUGAGGGCUACAGGCAGUAUGUGGUGUCCUCAUUGCCUCAGUUGCAGUGGCUGGACGGCAAGGAGAUCAGGCGUUCGGAGAGGAUCCGGGCGGGGCAGGGUCUGGAGGCGGUGAGGCAGCGAGUCCUGGAGCAGGAGCGGGCGUACCUGGAGAAGAGAGCCCACGAGAAGGAGGAGGCCCAGGGGAGGCACAAGAAGGAGGAAGAGACCGCUAAGGAGCGGAAACCAGGGUUUGAUGGCCGCUGGUACACUGAUAUAAACAACACUGUUCCAGUCUCAGAAGAAAACAAAGAGAAUCAGGAGAAGCCAGACACAGAGGAGAGCAGGAGCGGCCCCCACACGGACGAUCAGGACAAGGAAUUCUGGGAAAAGCCCUGUGCGUACACACCAGAGUCCCGACUGGAGGCCCAUCGGCACCUGGAGGAGAAGCGAAAGGCAAAGGACAGAGAGAGGGAAAAAGACGAGAAGGCCAAGGCACCAAGGACACUGAUCACAGCGGAGGGACGGGUCCUGAAUGUCAAUGAACCCAAGCUGGAUUUCUGCUUGUCUGAAAAUGACGAGGAAAACAACAUCGUCCUGGAUUUGGCAGUUUAUAGACAUAUGGACACGUCCCUCUUGGAUGUUGAUGUGCAACCAACGUACAUAAGAGUGACGGUCAAAGGAAAGACUUUUCAGCUGGUACUUCCUGCAGAAGUGAAGCCUGACAGCUCCACAGCAAAGAGGUCUCAGACUACCGGACACCUGGUUGUCACCAUGCCAAAGGCUACAGUGGUUCCAGACCCAUCUGUAUCCAGCAAAAGGCUAGCCUGGCUCCCCCGCCUUGCCCUGGAGGUGCGGCACUCUGACAAAGUGUCACAUUACCAUUUUACGACCCACGUGUCGCUCCCCGUCCUUCAGGUGGCCCCAUUAAUACCGCUCGCCGAGCGAAGGAAGUUAAAAGGACCUGAGAAACUGGAAGUGGACCCCAGCAAACACUCCAGUGUAGAUCUGGCUAAUAUCGUACAGAGGGAGAAGCCUACCACUCAAGGCCCUCUGAAGUUACACCAGGCAGCUCAGGCGAAAUGCCAGUCUGAAGACUUUGAGGAUGACCCUGAGGUUCCACCUUUAAUAUGA